GACUGCUUCCAAGAACUUCAGCAGGUAAAAUUAGCAAGCAAACAUGCUCACUGGGAAAUUAUAUUCUCUGAAGCUUUGUUGUCAACAGCUAAACCUUGAAGGCAGCAUUUUUGUAUAUGGCCGAAACCAAGAGUGGUUUUAGUAGCGUUUGCAAAGAAUGGGGGAAAAUGAUCAUCCGAGGAUGUCGUCUGAGGAGGAGGAACAGCCAGAGACUCCCACCGGCUCCCCUUGGUCCUGGAUUCCAUUGAUGAAAGAUCCCGGCUGGAUUCGAAAUGUCUGGACUCGCAAUCUGAAUGUCCAAACCAUGAAUUACGUUGGACAGUUAGCAGGGCAAGUGUUUGUAACUGUGAAGGAGCUCUAUAAGGGACUAAACCCAGCCACAUUGUCGGGAUGUAUAGAUAUAAUUGUUGUACGCCAGCCAGAUGGAAAUCUUCAGUGUUCCCCUUUCCAUGUACGCUUUGGGAAAAUGGGAGUUCUACGUUCCCGGGAGAAAGUGGUUGACAUAGAAAUUAAUGGAGAGGCUGUAGAUUUGCACAUGAAACUAGGAGACAAUGGAGAGGCCUUUUUUGUGCAGGAGAUGGAUAAUGAUCAGGAGGUAAUUCCUUAUCAUCUCUCCACAUCUCCCAUUCUGUCUGAGGGAACUGCUUUAAUGGAAGCUCAGCUGAAGAGGAACUCCAUAGACAGGAUAAGAAACCUGGACACCAGUGCAUCCUCACAAGUACCACCCCAAGCCCACGGAUCCCAGCCUUCUACUGAAACAUCUCCAGUCUGUAGCUCUUUGAAAAAAAGGAGGAAAAAGAGGAGGAAGUCUACCCAUAAAAUAGACAGCUUAAAAAGAGAAGACAAUGGAGACACAUCAGAAGAUGAAGACAUGUUUCCUAUAGAGAUUAGCUCAGAGGAUGAAAAAGAACCGUUGGACAAUUCAAGGAUCCCUGUUCCGGAUGUGUUUGUUGAUGAUGUAUCUGACAUAAAGACUCCUGCUGUUUCUACGUUUUCUCAGUCUGCAUCUUACCCUCAUUCAGAUGGAGAAUGGUCACCUAUUCAAAGUAAGCCUAUAGAUUGCACAGGGCAAUCCUGUCUUCUCACUGUUCCAGCAGACGGAGGCCUAUCUAACUCUUGUCCUCAACAAUCUUCUCACUUUUCUCCUCCAGACAGCCCAUCAGGUUCACGCCCUCCUACUCCUCAGAGUGACUCAGAAUUAGUCAGUAAACCUAUGGAGAGGAGUGGACUGAAGAAUAAUCCCCACAUGCACUGGGCAUGGGGAGAGCUACCGCAGGCUGCAAAGGCCAGUUCCCUGCUCAAAGCAAAGGAACCCAGCACGGUGGAUGUAAAUCCUUCUGAAAGCACUCACUUUCGGGUCAUCCAAAGUUCUCCUAUAGAGGAGUUUAACACUGCGUCUCCUCUACCUGCCCUUGGACAAGCAGAUGCAGCAACUGCUGAUGAAAGUGAGCCCUUACCAGCUGAGACAAAUAAGCCAGAGAUAGAGUCUCUAGGAGCAGCUGUGCCACCGUUGCCUGCCAAUGAAGAAAUAAAACAUUCUGCAGCUUACUCAGCCCAACCAGCUGGCAAGACAGAUUCCCCCUCCAGAAAGAAAGACAAACGAAGCCGGCAUCUUGGUGCUGACGGUGUCUAUUUAGAUGACCUCACUGACAUGGAUCCAGAAGUUGCUGCACUUUAUUUCCCCAAGAAUGGGGAUAACGUCCAAAGCAAGAACACGAACGACACGGGGCCGCGGUCCGCCAGCCAGUCUCCGCAGUCUGUCGGGAGCUCAGGUGUUGACAGUGGAGUUGAAAGCACCUCGGAUGGAAUUCGAGAUUUGCCCUCCAUUGCCAUUUCUCUCUGCGGAGGCCUUACUGACAACAAAGAAAUAACCAAAGAAGAAUUCUUAGAACAUGCAGUAUCAUAUCAGCAGUUCGUGGACAAUCCUGGUAUCAUUGACGACCCUAACCUUGUGGUUAAGAUUGGAAAUAAGUACUACAACUGGACGACAGCUGGUCCCCUUCUGCUGGCAAUGCAGGCGUUCCAGAAGCCUUUGCCAAAGGCCACUGUGGAAUCUAUAAUGAGGGACAAGAUGCCCAAAAAAGGUGGAAGGUGGUGGUUUUCGUGGCGAGGGAGGAACAGCACUAUUAAAGAGGAAACAAAGCCAGAGCAAGGUAUGAGUGAGAGUGGUCUUACAGGAGAAGACUCUUCACACCUGAGCAUGGCAAACAGAAUAAAAGAUGAGUCGUCUUCAAGCGAUGAAGACCCUAGAGCUGCCAAACAAAACCUCGGGUCAUUACAAACCAACUCAAGUCAUCUCUCGUUAUUGUCUGGAAUCAGUUACAAAAAAACACUUCGACUCACUUCUGACCAGCUUAAAAGCUUAAAGCUCAAGAAUGGCCCCAAUGAUGUGACCUUUAGUGUUACAACACAGUAUCAAGGCACUUGCCGCUGUGAAGGCACCAUUUACCUAUGGAAUUGGGAUGAUAAAGUUAUUAUUUCUGACAUUGAUGGAACAAUCACACGGUCAGACACUUUAGGUCACAUUUUGCCGACUCUUGGCAAAGACUGGACACACCAAGGGAUCGCGAAGUUGUACCAUAAAGUGAGCCAAAAUGGAUAUAAAUUUUUGUAUUGCUCAGCACGUGCUAUUGGAAUGGCAGGCAUGACCAGAGGAUACUUGCACUGGGUGAAUGAACGAGGAACUGUGCUGCCUCAAGGGCCAGUGUUGCUGAGUCCAAGCAGUUUAUUCUCGGCUUUUCACAGAGAGGUGAUAGAAAAGAAGCCAGAAAAAUUUAAAGUUCAGUGUUUGACAGACAUCAGAAAUUUGUUUUACCCUAACACAGAACCCUUUUAUGCUGCUUUUGGAAACAGACCUGCUGAUGUUUAUUCAUACAAACAGGUGGGGGUUUCUUUAAACAGGAUAUUUACAGUUAACCCCAAAGGAGAACUUAUACAAGAGCAUGCAAAGACAAACAUCUCAUCCUAUGUCAGACUCUGUGAAGUGGUAGAUCACAUUUUCCCUUUGCUGAAAAGAAGCCAUUCUUCAGACUUCCCUUGUUCCGAUACCUACAGUCAGUUCACCUACUGGAGAGAACCGCUACCACCUUUUGAAACUCAGGAUGUACAUCCAGCCUCAUCUUAACUGCAUCUUCAAACUAUUGGCCGCAGCUUAAAGAAAGAGUUAGCUUGUAUUGAAAAGACACAACUUGGCUUUUGCUGUUGACAGUUCAGCUGGAAUCUGUGAUGUUGUGAGCAUUGUAUUCUUUUGCUGUGAGCAAAUUUAGAAAUGCUUUUUCAUACUUUGUCACACUUCCAGAUGAUAAGCAGGAGUCUUGCUAGAAAUAGGAGCUGCAGUUCUAGCUCUUCACCCAGCUCCUCAAAUUGUGUCAUACAGCUUCAUUAUUUAAGGUCAAAUAAAAGUGAAAUGGUGUUGGAGUUGCAGUUCAACAUGCCAUAAA